CUUGAUGCUCACAAAACCCGAACCUGUGUUAUGCCAUAUGACCUGUUAGAGGUUUAUAGAAUCAGACUGUGGGAGGUCUUGUGGAGACCCAAACUCCAUGUAGAACCUGGUUUGUAACUUGUAGAGAUACCUGACAGGUACUACUCCACGUUGCACUUCGCCGCUACGUCAACCGCAUCUGGUGUAACGUAGUUCUGCCCAAGUUUCCUUGCCAAGGCUCCGAACAGAACCCCGGCCAACAGAACACUUUCCCACAGAAAAGACUAGUAAUGGCGUUUGGCCAUCCACAGCGACAGUUUAUGCAGUUAGUAAAGUGCGGUUAUAUUAGUUCCGAUGACAGGGACUGGAUGACUGUUCAGAAAAUUCGUUCCCGUGCUCAGUUGUUGAUUGUAGGCAGUACUAUGGAUGCGAACUUGAAGGUGUCGAUUUCUUUUGAAAUCUUUCCAACCUCAGAGCCAUCGGGAUAUCUGAGUUUCAAUCUUUUACCUCAUGGCGACACGACCCAUAAUGACCUUCACGACAGUCAAAGAUUGAAGGUUAUAAUGGAUCCUGCCCUCAUCGAUGUUCGCUUGUCUCUUCCGACAUCUCCAGACAGAUUUGACAUUAUCGAGUUGUCUCUCUCUCUCCCGGACAUCCUAUCAAUCUUCCGUCAUGACUCCCCGACCAUCAACCUCUCGACAAUUAAUUUCCUGCUUGAUGGUAACCUUCAUAGUUGGUGCGAAGCAGCUCACCUAAUAGGUGUCGGCAGGGGUGACGAGGUAAUGCCACACCUCCACUUGAAGGACGGGUUCAAUGGGGUGGAUGUGGAGGGUAUGACUGCGGAGAGCAAUCGUGCUUUUGGCGUCACCUGGCGUGGUUUGGUCGCAGACAACCAGAAAGUGGUUGUGUGUUCAUUGCUCAAUGCGCUAGAAGGCGAGAAAAUAGGACAAGAUCUCGGAGCUGGAGCAAGCACCUACUGGGUCUUGGCCAAAUCCACUGACAGAAUUUCAUUUUCCUGUGACUCUAACAUCUGCAGACCUUUGCAUUAUCGGCUACGACUAAGAUCUCCCAGGAUGCACAUCGAUGAAGACUCUGCUGUAUUGGCUGAGUCUAUGCGCGUCCUUCGUUCUCGCAGCAAUGGUCAAAUCCCCAUAUCACGCCUUCCAGACGAUAUUCUCCUGAUGAUCUUCGAACUCUUCGAAGAAGAGAAGCGUCUCAAUGGACGCGAUAACCGUGAUCAUAUACAUGCGACCUAUGGAAUCGAUAACGUCCCUGCUUGUCUAGAAGUCACACACGUCUGCAGACACUGGCGCAAUGUCGCUCUCGGGUGCCCGACUCUUUGGACAUUCAUCAAUUCUCCCCCUCCUCUUUGGCUAGAUGUCAUGCUUCAGGGGUCGCAGAAGGCUCCUUUGGUCGUUACCUACAAGCUUCCAAGGUGGUCACGGUCUCCCAUCUCACUAGAGGAUUGCUUUGAGAAAGUCCUUUUACACCUUCCUCGGAUCAAACACCUCAAAUUACGCACAUAUCAAGAAUAUGCCGGUCCCGUUAUGGAUCUGUUAUCAUCUCGGCCUGCAUCAAUGCUCGAAACGUUCAAAUUCGAAGUCUGUGGCCCUCUGCCAAUGAUGUCCAUGUCAAACACCAUCUUCCAAGCACAAGCACCCUUACUUCGGCACCUCGAGGUCAAUUGUUUCGACCGCAGAUGGUUAUCGUGCGUUUUCAGUGGGCUUCGAACUCUACAUGUGGGAGGAACCUCCUUGCCGAACCUCCUUUUAGCUCUGCGAUGUAUGCCUGCCUUGGAGCAGUUUAUGUUCCAGUUCGAGUUGCUAAGUUCCGACCAACCAAUACUCCCUGAUAAAGUGCCACUCGCUCGGUUGAAAAGUAUAGCGAUAGAGGCCUCGCUCGCAACUGCUGUGCCUCUUUUCGCACAUCUAGCCCUUCCCGCUGACGUCAAGAUUGCUCUACAUAUCCCAUCAAUUGAAGGGACUCCAACAUUUGCUGAUUUGUUUUCGGUGAUGCCUGAAGGAUCUGGUCCCGUCUUGCGGUCGCUGCGUGCCAUCAAAUUCAGGCCAGGUCCAUGGUCUAUGGCUGUGCAAUUUAGCACGUCGACGGCAAUCAAUUCCGACUAUUCCUGGAAUCCACAAGAUAAUAACAUACGACUCUCGAUCGAAUUCGUCUACUGACACAUCUAUUACGUUCCGCAUAUCGCCGCUGAAAUUUCGCGAAACAUUGUAUUCGAUAUAUGUCGGAUCAUGGCGCAACGCAGAGGUCAAAACUUAUUUUCUGGCGAGAUCGAAUCCAUGCAUCUGAAGGGGUGCGAAGACUCGGACUUCAUUAGAGGCUUAACCACUGCGCUCCGGAUUGAAGGGUCGUCAAAUGUAACGUAUCCCUCGCUCCGUGUUCUGGGGCUCUGACGUAUGCAGUUCAGCGGUGAUGAACUU